CCUCACCCCACCUCUCGCUCUUGGCUGAGACUGGCUUGCUGGCUCCAUUAUCAAUUCCUUUUGUCAGCAUGCCUGCAAAAAGCAGCUUACGUCACGGUCAUUACAGGCUCUAUAAAAGCCAGUGUAAUGCAGAAUCACUGCGCAGUUGACACAGCUACAUCACAAGACUCAGAGCAGAUUAUCUUAAAUGAUGACUUCUACCGGCUUUGACUUUUAUUUUCCUUGUACUUACAAGAGGAGAACCGUUGUACGUAGUGCAGGAUAUGGAUCUAAUGGAGGCAUAGAAUCAAGGGCUGCAUAUUCGAGCCGCUCUGCCCCAACAUCUUAUACAUCAUCAUACAGAAGUUUUCCUACCUACAGUCGAGCUAGCUCCAGCUCUUUCCUGCUUUCCGCUCCAGGGUAUACAGCUGCCACUGAGCUACGCCUUGACCAAGCAGCACAGGUCACCACUGAAUUCAAACGAUUAAGGACCCAGGAAAAGGCUGAGCUACAAGACCUAAAUGACCGCUUCGCAAGCUUCAUAGAUAGGGUUCAUGAACUGGAGCAACAAAACAAAUUGCUGGAGACUGAACGCUUGUUGCUCAGGCAGCGCCAAACAGAGCCAUCAACCCUCCGGGCUCAAUAUGAGCAUGAGAUCCGCCAGCUAAACGCUGCAGUGGAGGAGGCCCGUUUUGAGAGACAAGCUGCCCAGCACCACAGGGAUGAGAUAGAAGGCAUGCUGAAGAACUUGCAAAAACGCUACGAGGAUGAAGUGCUCGGUAGGGAGGGGGCGGAGGGCAGACUCAUGGAUGCUAGAAAGGAGGCAGAUGAGGCAGCAAUGGAGAGAAGUGAGCUUGAGAAAAGGGUUGAAAUUCUGUUGGAUGAGCUGGCCUUCCUGAAGCGUCUCUGCGAGAGUGAAAUUGCAGAACUUCAGGCCCAAAUCCAGUACAGCACGGAGGUGUCUGUGGAGAUGAAUGUAGUUAAACCUGACCUAUCAGUUGCUUUACGUGACAUUCGAGCCCAGUAUGAGACGAUGGCACAACGCAAUCGCCAGUCGGCUGAGGAGUGGUUCUGCAAUAAGAUGAAUGUUAUGUCGGUAGGCACCGCUCGCAAUACAGAGCGUGUACGUAAUGUCAAAGAUGAGGCUGUUGAAUACCGCAGGCAGCUCAAAACUAGGACGUUGGAGAUUGACGCCUGUAGAGAGAUAAACCAAGCAUUGGAAAACCAAUUGCAGGAAGUGGAGGAGAAACAGAGUGCUGAAAUUUCUACACUGCAGGAUGCCAUAAAUCAUCUGGAGGAAGAACUGAGAACAAAUAAGAAUGAAAUGGCUCGUUACCUGAAAGAUUAUCAAGAUCUCCUGAAUGUGAAAAUGGCCUUGGAUAUUGAAAUUGCAGCCUACAGAAAGCUACUUGAAGGAGAAGAAACCCGCUUAGACCGGUGUGGCCAGAUGUCUUCUGUUCUUCACUCCCAAGCUGCAUUCGCUGGACCAACUCAUGGAAGAACUGUGUUCUCCAUGCAAUCUCAGCUGCAUUCGACUGUUCCGUACUCAUUGACCCCUCGCUUGUACAGAUCAACAAUCUCCACUGAGGAGACACUAUCUGCAAGUGAAGCACAGCAAGCGGAGACCAGCCCCCCUCAGAAAGAGGUGGAGGAGAAGAAGGGAGAAGAAGAGGAGGACGAGCAGGAGGAAGAGCAAGAGGAAAAGGAGGAAAUAGAUGACAAGGAUGAAGGAGAGGAGGACGAGGAGGGUGAAGAUGAAGCUAAUGGAGAAGAGGUUGAGGCAGAAGAAGCUCGUGAGGAAUCUGAUCAGAAAGAAGACGGGGAGGACUGUGAUGAUGAGAAAGAAGGAGUACAGAAAGCUGCGGAAACAGAGGCUGAUGAGAAAAAUGGAAAAGCCUAGUACCGUUUAUGUAUGUUUCGGCAACUUGCAGCUAAAGCAACUUCUCUCCCGUGAAUCUCGGAUACAUCAUCCGUUCAAUUGUAAUGAUGAAUGUCUUAACUUGUUGCAUGGAUGUUAUAUUAGAACAAUAUUCAAAGAUAUGAGAACGUCACAAGUAUCAAAACUAUCAUUGUGGUUUGUGUAUGUACCGGUAUGUAACAUAUUUAUGCCUUCUGUAUGCUUAAGUGUCACCAGAAUAUGCUAGUAAGAUGAUCUGUACUCAACCGGCUAAUUUCCUCACAGUGGUCACUGUCCAUAACAUGCUGAAAUAAUAAGCCUUUGAAGCCUUAUUAACUGAAAA